AUGGGUAAUUGGUUACUCGGAUUUUCUGGAUUUAUUGGGAUUGCAACUAGCUUACAAGCCGAGCUUCAUGCCAUUUACAACGGUUUUUGCUUAGGAAUGGACCGAGGUUUCAACAAUGUGAUUAUUGAAUCAGAUUCUACAAUUGCAAUUGGUUUGAUGGAACAUGAUAUCUCUCCUCUUCAUCCUUAUGCUCCUCUCAUCAAGAAAAUUAGACAAUUCCAAAACAUGGAUUGGACUAUUGCUUUCCAUCAUACUCUUAGAGAAGGCAACGAGUGUGCAGAUUGGCUUGCCAAGAAGGGCGCUACCUUAGAUGUCUCCCUAAAGAUUUGGCAUAGUUGUCCUCCUCAGCUUAGUAAUGUUUUGAUAGCUGAUGCUUCAGGUGUUGCUCGCCCGCGAGCCUAG